CGUACGUGGCCUGCGUGCGUGACGCCGCGCGGCGCGAGGCGGUUUCUCCAGCGUGUGGCGCCCCCCGGCGGCAGCGAGGGCUCAAUGUGACAGCGGGACCUGAGCGCCGGCCAUGGAGCCGCAGAAAGAGGCGCGAACACUCGGGGACCCCGUCGCGCGGUCGUCGGGGCCCUCGAGGUCGCAGACGCCUAAAGACGAGGAGCGGCGGGACGGCGACACAGCGCCGGCGGAGGCUUCCCUGGGCGCGGAGGCGGACGGCGCCUUGGCUGACAGCGCCUUUGCGGACGCGCUGUGGGAGCUGCCGGUGGAGCCCGCCGAGCGGAGGCCCGAGUGCAGCCGCUGCAGCCGGCCUCAGAAAGUGUGUUUGUGUCCAUUUCUACCGUUGCAUCCUCUGCACAUCUCUACUCAUUUAUACAUAAUUCAGCAUCCAGCUGAGGAAAGCAAGGUGUUGCGGACAGUUCCCCUAUUAGCAGCAUGCGUCCCCCAGGACAAGUGUAAAGUCAAGAUUGGUCGUCGCUUCAGUGAAGAAAGAGAUCCUGAACUUUCAACUAUUUGUCGGAAGUCUGAUACAUUAAUAUUAUAUCCAGGGGCCGAAGCUGCUAAUUUGGAAGAAUUUAUAUUAGAAUCUCCUAUUUAUCCUUCCACAAUCAUCAUCAUCGAUGGUACAUGGAGCCAGGCUAAGGACAUUUUCUAUAAGAAUUCUUUGUUCCGACUCCCCAAACAGGUGCAGUUAAAAACUAGCAUUUCUAGUCAGUAUGUAAUUCGGACACAACCAACUAAUAGGUGCCUUUCUACACUGGAAUGUGCAGCUGCUGCUCUUUCCAUUUUGGAGAAAAAUAAUUACAUACAAGAGACUUUGCUUCGUCCUCUUCAAGCUUUAUGCUCUUUCCAGCUUCAGCACGGUGCUCAAAUUCGCCUCAGCAAGGAACACCUUCUGAAGAAUGGAUUAUAUCCUAAGCCAAUGCCAAAGAACAAACGCAAACUCAGGAAAAUGGAACUGUUAAUGAACAGUGUUAAAAUUUAGUACUGUUGUUUCGUGGUGCUAGUUAUGAUGUCUUCCACUGAUAAGACCAGGUGAAGUUUUCAGAAGAUUUAAGUCCGUGGGUUUUUGACUAUCUGAAUAAUAAGAUUGGCAUACUAAACUUGCCCAGAAGAAGGAAGUAAACCAAAUAACCAUAAAAAAGCAAAUAAAAAAGAAAAAUUCACUGACUCCAUUAAAAGCAAGGUUUCAUAGUGUAUUUGUUUUAAAAAAUGUGCCUCUAAAACAUUUUUUCAGAUCCAUUGUUUGAAAUGUGAUUAGUUGUUGAGUGAGGUUAGAAGUUCUUUUUUAUAAAAUGGAAAGAAAUUAUUGCACCUGAUCGGGGCAGUAGUCUUUUCAUUAAUUUAUAGAUAGGUGUAGAUCUCUAAUAGAGGGCACUCACAUCAAUAUGCAAUCCUGUACAUAAACUUUAUAGUUUUUAAUAAGUAACAAAAAUAAUGAUCAUCAGGUAGUUGAGAUUGAAUUAAUUUAUUUCCUAGAAUACUAUAACAGAAUAAGGAAACUAAAUAUAUUUUUUAGCUAAAUAUAUUCAAAUUUAGCUAAAUUUGAAUUCAGCUAUUUUGAUUUAAGUGUUCUACUAAUUGCCUGGAUUUUUUGGUAUUAGAGUACAAUUGGAGUAUAAAAUUAUAUUAGCUUCAGGUGUUCACCAUAAUAAUUUAGUCUUUAUAUACAUUGCAAAAUAAUCACCACACAAUAAGUCCAGUCAACAUCCCUACAUAUCUAUGAAAUUUUUUUUCUUAUAAUGAGAACUUUCAAGAUACACUUCUUUAGCAUCUUUCCAAUAUGCAGUAUUUGCAGUUUUGCAGAAUUAUUAACUAUAGUCACCAUGUUUUAUUUUACAUCCCCAGACUUAUUUAUUUUAUAACUGGUAGUUUCUUCCUUUUGCCCACCAUUUACCCUCUGCCUCCAGCAACUGCCAGUCUAUACACUAUAUCUAUGAGCUUGUUUUUUUUUUGUGGUUUUUUUUUUUUUAAGGAUUCCACAUAAAAAUGAUAUCAAAUGAUACUUAUCUUUCUCUUUGUGACUUAUUUCACUGAGCAUUAUGCCUUCCAGGUCCAUCCAUGUUGUCAGAAAUGACAAGAUUUCAGUCUUUUUUUUAAAUGGCUGACUAAUAAUUCAUUUCAGUUAUCCUUUGAUGGCUGUUUAGGUUAUUACCAUACCUUGGCUGUUGUAAAUAAUGCUAUAGUGAACAUAGAGAUAUAGCUUUUCAAGUUAAUCCUUUUGUUUUCUUUGGCUAAAUAUCCAGAAAUGGAAAUACUAGACCAUAUGAUAGCUCUAUUUUUUACUUCCUAAGGAGCCUCCAUACUCUUUCCCAUAGUGGCUGCACCACUUCACAUUCCUGCCAACAGUGCACGAGGGUUCCCCCUUCUCCACAUUUUCCAUGUCAGCCCUUGUUAUUUCUUGUCUUU